AUGCCUGGAAGCACUGUGCUGGACAUGACACACACAGUGUGCAAGCUUUGCAAAACGAAGACCAAGCACUUCGGCAGCACAACAAAUGCGCGGGCUCAUAUUACUAGGCAUCACCCGGAGCUCAGCGACACGGAGCAGAGUCAGCCGCCAGCUGCAGACCAACGCACACUGCAGUGCUUCACGAAACUCCCUGCCAACUCCGAGAGGGCAAAAAUAAUAACUCGGUCUAUCGCCUGCUUCAUCGCCAAAGACCUAAGGCCUUACAGUGUGGUUGAGAACGAGGGGUUCGUCUGGAUGUUACAGACUGCGGAGCCGAGGUACGCCAUACCGUCCCGCAAGUUUUUCACUGAGACCGCUGUGCCACAGCUUUACAAUGAGACUAAAAGAAUGGUCGCCAGUGCCCUAACCAAAACGACCAGAGUAGCAUUAACAUGUGAUGCAUGGACAUCAAGAGCAACCAAGUCUUUUGUGACAUUCACCGCUCACUACAUAACUGAUACGUGGGUGCUCGAAUCCCGUGUUUUGCAAACUCGCGUGAUGCACGAGAGCCAUACAGCUGUAAAUGUCAAUGCCAUGUUUCACUCCGUUGCUAAUGAAUGGGAGCUGACGGUCUCGGAUCUGGUGAUUGUGACUGAUAAUGCUGCCAACAGGCUCGCCGCUGCACAGAUUGACAACUUGGCACACAUUACAUGUUUUGCCCAUACUCUCAACCUGGCUGCACAACGAGCUCUGAAGCUCACCACGGUGUCACGACUGCUUGGGAGGAUCAGGCGAAUUACUGGUUUCUUCCACCGCAGCGCCAUUGCAAAUCAUGAACUCCUGGAAAAGCAGAAACUUCUGCAGUUACCGGUGCUCAAACUGAAAACGGAUGUCGCUACACGCUGGAACAGCGCGCUGGACAUGAUCGAACGAUUCCUAGAGCAGCAGCCUGCUAUUUGUGCCGCGCUGCUCUCCCCCCAGGUGAGAAAAUCUGGAAGUGACAUCUGCACACUCAGCGACACCGACAUCUCCACUGCUGAGGAAAUAGCAGCGGUGCUGAAACCAAUGAAAGACGCAACCCACAUAAUAUUCAAGGCCCUGCCUUUCCUCACUGAGGAGGACCAUCUGGAAAUCCAUGCCAAUGUAGUUGCAGAGGCUGCAGCACUCGAGAGACAAGUGAACUCAGAAGAGGCUGAGGUUGAGUCUGAGACACCACAGCAAGAAGAAGGCCCUGCUCCAAAAAAAAGGCCCUCUGCACUGGUCACGCUAUUGGGCAAGACAUUUACUGAGGUCAGUGUUGUCCGUAGAUCUGCCAGCUCCAGAGCUGAAGAGGAACUGAAGAAGUAUCUUGAAGCCCCUCCCCUGUCUCUGUCAGAAAACCCGCUCAGCUGGUGGAGGACCCAUCAGACAGCUUUUCCUCUCUUAGCUGGACUGGGUAAGCGAUACUUGUGUAUCCCUGGCACUAGCGUUGCAGCUGAGAGAGUUUUCUCCACCGCUGGAGAUAUAGUAACAGCACAGCGAAGCAGUCUCACUCCUGCACAUGUUGAUCAGCUUAUUUUCCUGCAAAAGAACCUGAAUGUUGCAUCUGCAAAUGGACAGUAA